AUGGAGAAAAGCGCACACUGGUUUGGCAUGCCGCGCGAGAUCCGAUUGAUGAUCCUGGAAAAGAUUGCACACGAUAAACAUCCUGGUUGGGGGUCUCUUGCGUCUACCUGCAGAGAAUGGCAGUAUGUGAUAGAGCAAUGCCUCUAUCAGCUGGGAGAAAUGGUCACCACGCAGAGACAAUAUCACGUUCGUCAUAUUUGGGUUAACAUCGAGCUCCCAAAAUACGGCUGCACAGAUUGCGAAUCGCGGGAAUCGCGACCAACCCGAGAGCGUAACGACAUAAUUAUGGAAACGGCUAUUUCCCAACUCUUCUCUGUCAUAUGUUUCUGGCCGUGGCAACCAGAAAAGGGAUUAAAGCUGGAGCUUAAUGCAUACUCCGAGAGCGAUUCACAACAUUACUUCAAGCAUUACCAUAUCGGAGCUCAGCAUGAAGAAAGUCCUGGAGAUCUACCCGAAGCCGCUUCUAGAGUCCAUGAUGCGCGACAUGGCUGGAUUAAUGGCCAACGAUUCAGCCCCCCUCACCCAGAAUCUAUAUGGCGACUCUUCAGCGCAAUGUUUUUGCGCAAUAUUCAAGGAAAUCCUCGGGUCGCCGCAGUCACAAGCUUGGUAAUACGCCGCCAAUUCCGCCGUUCCUGGGAAUCGAUCUUCAGUAGAUGGCUCCCAGAAUCGCUCAAGAGGAUAGUGGUUUUUGAAGAUUCCAACGACGAUAUUUCCAGCGCAAGGAAUUAUUAUCACUAUCCUCCGAACAAUGUUGAACUCAAUGCCAAGAUCAGCAAGAUCUUUGUUGAGAGAAGCCUUCAUCUUGACCAGCUUGCCGUCUCAUACAUGAUCGAUGCCAAAGAUUUCUUCCGAAGCUGUCAGAAAACCUGGACAUGGCUCCACCUACAGUCUCUAGCUCUAACAUCAACGCUCUUGUGCUCUAAAUCCCCUCGGCAGGGAGCUGCUGAUUUGUUACAUGAUGCGGCUGGAGUUGCGAUGAAUAUGCCGAGUCUGCACACAAUGGUUCUAUGGUACGGCAAGAAAAAAGACGCCUGCGCAUUUAUAUACCAGAAUCGAGCCGGAACAGCCUCUGUGACAUGGCGAAGUACAUGGUACAUGGAUUUGGAUCGUUAUCCCAAAAUCGCUGCAGCAUGGAACAGGGUCAGCUUCAAGACUACUUCCAGAGACAUUUUCAUACGCCAAGAACUGAUACAGAAUGGUAUUUAUUCCCAUGGAGACGCCAUUCAUUAUCUAAGACUACCGUGCACAGUUGUUGAUUCUGUAUCGCUGUGGCAAAUACGAAGAGAGGUAGCUCAAAGUACCUACUUUGGACGUUGA